AAGAUUGCAAUCAGUCAAACUCUGCUCCCAGGUGAGUUUGAUUACCUGCAGGUGUGGGGAUAAUUUCUCAGACUGUAGGCCACCGUCGCUCCUUUCAAACUGUCCAAGGCCCAGAAUGGACCGCAAUCUCCAGAGACCCUCUUCUUGGUGGAUCAUCGUCCUUAUCUCACUCUCCACCCUCACAGAAAGCCGGUUAGAGUCCCACGCGCCGAGCAGGACUCACGGUUACAUCCGGCCUCAGGUAGCUGCAGAGGAACAGCAGCACAGCGCGGGGCUCGGUGUGCGGCCUCGGCCUGUGGUGGUCAGUUGCCACCCGGACUCGAUGCAGAUUGUGGUGCAGUCUGACAUGUUUGACACCGGGAUCCAGGUGGACGGCAGACAUCUGCGCCUGGGCGCUGACCCACUGAGUGAAAGGAGUGCAUGCAGUGCGGUCCCAUCAGGAGAGGCGGAAUUCACCAUCCAGGCCAGCCUGAGGGACUGUGGAACCAAACUCUCAUCGACAACAGAGAAGAUUAUCUAUUCUAAUAUUUUGGUCUACUCACCUGAACCUUCAUCUGAUGGUUUGCUGAGACUGGAUGGAGCAGCUAUUCCAGUUCAAUGCCAUUAUGAAAAGAGGUAUGCUGUGGAUGGCAUUUCCCUGCAUCCCAGUUGGGUUUCUUCAGUCUCCACUGUCUCAGCAGAGGAUCAGAUAGACUUCAAUCUGCUUCUCAUGAGUG